AGAAUAUUUCAAAAUGCUUUGCCUGCGUCUAGCUUUUUUGAUUGUCCUUUUUCUGGUAUACGUUUCCAGCUUUGAGGAAAUUAUGGAAUCGCUGCACGAUACGUAUCAGUUAGAGCAAACGAAAAUUCGCAAAGAGGUAUGCUCCUUGAAGCCAGAGUUUGGAAAAUGCAAAGGACGCCGUAGCCUGUGGUAUUACAAUGAACGCUAUGGCAAGUGUAUGAAAUUUACUUACUCCAAUUGUGGUGGCAAUAGGAACCGCUUCUACACUCAGGAUUCCUGUCAAGACUUUUGCGAUAAAUACGAAUGGCAGACUGAAAAGUUAAAACGCAAAAGUUUUAACAGAAGAAGGCCAAAAAUGAUUUAAAAGGAGACUGCUUAAGACUUGAAACUUAAUAUUAAAGGAAACUAACAAAGUU